AUCAUUGUCCGUGUUUCCAAAUACUGGAGACCAAUGUAGUUCACUAGCUAUUGCUUUUUGUUGAAGAAUUUAUACAAACGCUAAUGUUCCAUUCAUUAUUUACAGCAAAUGGUGUAAUCACUUUGUAGUUCGAAUGCAUGCCAUAUCUAAAAAUAGUUCGGAAUGUAAAUAUUACUUGCGCCUGGAUCUGAUCAGGGCUGUAAAGGUCAUGCUUUUGACAGUAGCCUUUAUAACCAUCGUAAAUAUUCUUGCGUUGUUCACAAGUCCUAUUGUCUCUACAAAAUCGACGCCUUGCUUUACUGAUGGAGACUGCCCAAGCGCGAUGGAAAAGUGUGUUUAUGGCUCUUGGAAAGGAUUGGGAAACUGUCACAGAAAGGGAAGAGAUGUAGCGGGUGGGAUAAGAAGAUUAGUGCGGUCGAAUGCCAGAGCCCAUUUCCGCAACAGGCGGCUAGUCCGACGAAAAAGGAAUCCAUCCAACAUCUGGAAUGACGCUUACCUUUCUCAGAAAAGGUGGGACCCUUGGCCAAAAGCCAAACAACAAAGCCAAUCAGCCGAUCAGGAUGCCAAUAGUCUUCAACAGGAGCAAAAAUCCAACGAACGAUUUGCUGAAAUAGCCGCUGAUCUGUACAAGUUCGGUCGUUCGUACAUAACUGUAGAUAAUGUUAAUUACACGGUUACUGCGCUUCCGGCUUCCGAUGGCGACUCUGAUUGGCUGAUAACGAUUGCUAAAGACGAUUAUGAUCCAAGGGAGAAUAACAAAGCAAGUCAGGUGCUUGAAGAGCCUCGCAAACAUACUAACGAUGAACUGAUUGGUAAGCAUGCGCGGGCGUUUGAAGAUGAUCGGUCAAAUACUGCAUCCAUUCUCCUAGAAAAUUCGUUUGGAAGCUCCUCCUCCAGUGGUGGCGACGCGGUUGUGAAUAUCUCUGUUCGGUAUCCAGUUCCAAUGUCAUCCGAUCGGAGAUACCGGACAGGCUCAGAUAUUCGUUUGCGAUUUCGAAGACAGUUGCCAGGAAGGAUAGCAGAUCUGGGCGAAAUCGAUCCUCUUAUAAAUAAGUUCAAGCAUGUCGAGCCAGUAAUUCCGUCUGCUGAAAAUGCAUUUGGGAAAGUCAUCGAUAAAAGAUCAGCACAUUCAGAAAAAGAAAUGCAGAGAAUUCGCCGAGAACUAGAGGAAAUAGAAGACGAUGUUGCGCCAUUACCAAAGAUUUUGAGGAGUUCUGAAGAAGGUCCAGUUAUAAUCGAAGACAUGUUCAAUGGCAACGUGCGGACUUCAACGCUUCGUAAAAGGAGUCAUUCUGUCACUGACAAAGCUAACAAGGCGGCUGUCAGUCAUUUCUCAAGACCUAAGCGACAUCACAAAGCGAAACACACCGAGAGAUCUUCCACCAAAAAUGGCUGGGCACGAGUCUUCGAUAGAUCUCCCAAAAGACAUAAACGUAGGCUUUCUCGUGCUAUGUCACAAUUGAUACCAAGUAAAAAGAGCCGAUCAAAUUUGAGCGUGAAAGCUCCGCGUAACACCUUACAGCAGCGGGUAAAGAAGAAUACGGUCAGAAGAUCAGCUAGACGUGGGCAAACGACUGGGAAUAAAAUGACAAGGAAAGUAGUGUCUAAAUUUGCAAAAGACGCAAAGCGUUCGAAUGAAGGUGCUCUAGGUACCGGCGCGAUAGGUCCUGUCACCACAGACGCGCCAGAUCCAUUUGCAUCUUUGAGAAACACGAAAGAACCUCACAUCGAUUACUACGACGUCAGCAAGCGAAACUCGUUUAAGGGUGAAGAUGACGAAGAAUCCGACCCCUCUUCCGAUGAUGAUGACCCAGAAGCUUUUCUGGAUGACGACGACGACGAUGAUGAUGAUAACGAUAACGAAGAAAUUGAAGUUGUUGAAGAAUCGACGAGAAAAAAGCGUCAAACCCUGGCCGAGGAGCUGGAAGAUGAUGACGAUCAGCAAGACAUACCGUCCUGGAGAGAAACGGUUGAACUGCUGAGAAGGGCCAACACAUUUGCCGUCCCUGCACACGACAGCACAGGUCAUGUCAUACUGGUCCGGAAAGUGCGAGACCUCGGCAGUCUGGACCUGGGAGAGUCACUCGCGAAGUUGAAGGAGACAAUGGCUAAAAUAUUUGGCAGAUGUUCCCCAGCAAGACGCCGAAAGAGGUCACAUCCUUCUCCAUCAGAAGUGGUCAAAGACCAACUGUCCAAUGAAGAAACGUGGGAGAUACAAGGCGAAGGGAACGAGGUGGUGGACCAGGCGAAAAUUGAUGUACACAUGGAUGAUGACAAACCUUACAAUGUGACUACCGUACUACGGCCGAUGGGAAAGAGAAGCUAUGAAAACGACCAAAAGACCCGUAGGGAAUAUGCACUGCGACAGGCCAAAGCGAGAUCCGGCAUAUCAAGGCAGGGUCGAGAGAUGAGAGACGUUCUGGAACAAAAUGCUAAGUUAGAUGCAAUUCCUCGUCAUAAAGUAGCUCAAAGAAACACAGCUGAACUGGAGUUAAGGAAUGAUGAACGCAUCUCACGAACAAGUAGAUCGAGGUACUCAAAACGGAAUGACGAAUACAUACCUCUGAAUAAAGAUGUUCACAUGGAGGCACAAGAGGGCGAACCUGUUGAAAUAGAUCUUACCGUAGACGAAGAACCUGGUGGUAGUCCGCCGGUCGCAGAGGUUCAAUCAAACACACUGUCUGUGGAUUCACCCCAGGCUGCAGUGACGAAGAGAGAUCGUCACCAACCGUCUGCGGCAGCAAGGUCGGGACUAGCGCCAAAGACUGGCGGGCCAUCCAGUCGUGUGAUGUCCAGGAAUCCAUCGCACUCGGUCCGCGGCUCUCAGUUUGGCCCAAGGAACGACGCAUUCAAAGGUGCUAACAUGAAUAUGGUGCGGCGCGGCCCACAUGCAAAGUGCAUAGGCUGCAAGUCUCUGCAUCAACCUGUUCCGAGCAGGGCUUUCAACAACCACAACAGCGGUAAAGCAGUGCGGGAGCCAUACAUCAUAACGCGCAGAUACAACGACUCCAAAGUUCGCCGAGCGCGGGCCGAUGGCAUUGCCGGCGCAGGGACUAGAGAGGCAUCUGACGAGGCCAGCCUGGACAGAGCCAACCUGCUUUACCUGGCCGAUGGCGACCCACUGCCCUCCAGCUGGCGAGCUCCCGUAGCCAACUCCAAGCGGGAUGUGGACGUCGAGAUCGAGGUGGAGGAGACGGAGAACAGCACCAGCACCACACCGCAGGAUAAGACCACCACCACCACCACCACCACUACCUCCACGAAGGGUCCACCAGUUACAAUCAAAGUCAAAAUCGAAAAGGAAAAGGACGAAGAUGUAUUUAACGACAAUCCAAACACCAAAAGUACAAAGAUCCCGACAUCUAUUGAAGCGUCUGCCUCAAUUACAGCGGAGAGGAGAAUGCCCAGCCCUCGCCGAUCGUCCUCCGUCGUCCUCGACAGCGAGGUGUUCUCUGAGACUCCGGCCAGGACCAGGGUGCUCAGCCUGUCUCCGGCGCGUCCCAGCUCCGUGCUGACGGUGGCCAGUGGCGACGGCAGGCCCUCGGUGGAGGAGACCAUCACCUCCGGCGGGGGCUCGGACUCGUGGGGCGUCUCGGGCAGCUCGGACCGGCUGAUGGCGCUGAUCUCCAGCAUAGAGAAGGCGCUGCGUGUGCCGCUGGGAGGCUCGGACGGUGCCGUCGACCAGUUCACGGUGGUUGACGACAGCAGUGACGCGGUCCAGACGACACGAGUCAUCAGCAGUCAGCCAGACAUCACCGAGCAGAAGACCAACUACAUCUACUCUGUGAACGAUCCCCAGCCACCCCUCGUUGUGGCCACUGCCACUCAAGAGAAAAAGCCAGACAUGGUCAAAAUGGAUAUCACUACCGGAACUGGUCAGGUGACUUCAAACGUGGGAGAUCUAAACGAAAAUAUAUAUCUCAAAGGAUUUGAGCUACCUCGAAAACCACCAAAGCCAUUAUUUGUAGAUGGAGCCGCUAAGAAGAUGAUCUAUGUGGAGCCCACAUACAAAACUGUUGUUUCAUCAGGGAUUCCCAAAUACAAAUAUCCGCUAAGCUACGCUCGGCUGUAUAACGGUCCAAUAACUCGCAUAAGGCCAGCAGACCAAUGGACACAAAUAACGAACAUUAAAAGCACAGACUCAGAUACGGUCGAAUUAGGCGAUAGUAAACAAGUCACGGUUGAGAAAUUUGCCGAGCAGCCAUCAGGAGCGGAAAUUACCGAUGUUCGAGCGAGUAAGACUACGGAGCUAAUCCAGCCACCCCCAACGCUGCUGGGCGUUCAGAGGAACAUUGUGAUGAGUGGUCAGGUGAUUGACAGUCCCCCUCCCCCUCCUCCAGAAACAGACAGAGACACGACGGUAAAAGUAGUGUCCUCCGUUAGUUCAGAGGAUCAAAAUUCUCGUAAGAAUAAUCUUUUGAAGUCGUCACCAACCAUUACCGUACACAUGGAUGGUCAGGAAGAUGGAAUGAAUGCUGUCGGAAAUAAGGGGCUGCCACCGAACAUUCGGAUAUUUCAUAAUCGACGAGACUCGGACGGAAAAAUAAUCGCAGCCAUUGGUUCACAGAGUAAUAUAAAGAAGAAAAAAGAUCUACAAGAAAUUCAAGACCUUUCUAGCAUGUCAGUGGAAGAUUCUAGUCUACUUGAAUCAAGUGGCUUUGUGCAGUCUGCGAACAACCAGAACACUGCUCAGAUGAAAGUGCACGGUAGCAAAAGGAGCGCUCCACACACAUACAGGGUCCCAAAUACACGCGGAGCACAGAUGAAGAAACGCAAGGUCAACAGCAGAGGAGUUCCCGUGGCAACAAAACGGGCAGGCGCAGGCGCGGCGCAGCCUGCGCCGGUAGUUCACACCUAUUCAAAGGACCCUGGUGUUCAAGGUGCAACAAUGAAUAUGCUAACCGACCUGGCGUCCCAGCUGUCUACCAAAAAUGCCCAGAAGCGAAAAACUCCGGCACUCUCCCGAAGGAGGGUGGCGUGUGCGGGAAGAGGGAACAACUGCCGCGAGACAAGGCAAAUUAGACGAGACACGGCGCCAACGCACAAUGCUGCAGAUGAACAUUCUAAUCUGCAACUGCAAUCGGAAUUAGGAGACGCUCAAACGAAACACAUUAGAAAACGGGAUGUAUCACGAUCUGUUUUUGAACAGCCAAAGGUGUUCAUUGUAAGUCCUAAUACUAUUGUAGAGGCUCCAGGUACAAAAUACAAGUUUAUGGACCCUUUGGAAAGAGGCAAUAUCACAGACAAAUUGAAAGUUUACACCAUCUCUGACAUCGAUGCAAAAACAAUCAAGAAGAUAACAGCUGAGAAGCUCAGCAGCAGUGAUGGCUCAUCAAGUGACGAUGACGAAGAAUAUGAUCACGAAAUAGCAGCCAAUCUACCGAUGUCGCACGAAAAGGCUCUACAAGAAACCGAAGGCAAGGAACGCUUCAAAAUCAUGGACUCGUCUGAGGGGUUUUCCGUCCAUGCUCCGUCAUUUGACAAGAAAAUCACAAGCGGAGGUCAGAUAUCAGAAGAUACAAUGGUGCCCAUUCCAGUAGAUAUAAAUAGAAUCGACCUCCCUAAAGACGAAAAUAGGCUUACAAUAACAACAGAUAUUGAGUCCAAUAAGCACAAACCUGGGCUAAAAAUUAGUACGAUUGAAACAGCCGACAAGAGCAGUUCCGAUUCGGAACAAAAAACGAAAACAGUUGAGUACGUCGAUGCUCCAGAAGAAGGUACAGCCACUGACGUAGAUGCUGGUGAAGUUGUAGAGGUGAUCGAGAGUCACUCUGCUCCACUGAAUACGAGACAAAAGCGACGUUCCUCAAACUCUGCCGCAGGAAGUCGAUCAAGCCGAGAGGACAAAAUACAAACUCUCAGAACGGAACUGCAGAAUUUAAACAGCAUAGGCUCAAAAUUGGGAUUGAACUUCUUCGAUAAGUCCUCUAUUGACAGAAUCGUGCGGGAAGUGUCAAGUGAAGGCCGGGAGGAGGAGCCUUCUCGAGUAAAGAAAUUGAAAAGUGGAAGAUCUGUAAUAAGCCCAAAGUAUAAACGUAAAUUGAAAACUCACCAGUCAGUCAAUCACCACGAUUUAGAGAAAAGUCACAUCAGAGCUGCAAGUAGAGGAAGGAUAAGAGAGAAAGAUAUCAAAGGAGCCAGAAGAUCGAGCGCCCCGUACAAAACAAUCGUCAAACAAACUUUGCCUGGCCACACGGAAGCUAGAAAUACUGGUAGUUAUGAGUCUAAAGCAAAACAAAAACGACGCCAUCAUGGAUCAAUAAGUAGUCCCAGUCAUGAAAUGAUCACGCAUGAACGUGAUGAUCGCCGGGCACCAUCAAAACGAACAAUGCGAUCUUCUGAAGACUUUGUUGAAGAAAUCGACGUUGACGCCGACGAUGAAAGCAUAGAAGCUGCACCAAGAUAUCACUAUAACAAUAAAAUACGAAACAAUAGACCAUUAGUCAUAUCUAACCCAGAAAGGUACGAUCUCUCAAACAGCAGAGAAAGAGAAGAGAAGCUCAAAGUAUCAAAUCAGGAGAGUGAGCCACUGCACCUGACGGCCGUUCUGCGCGGACGAAGAAGACGGCGUGACAUCGAGCCUGAUGAACUGUUCAGGAUCUCCCCACUGAUAACGCGCGCAGUGCGGAGUCGGGCGGCGCCAGGAAAUUCAGCGCCUGUGGGUCAGUGGCAGAGACAGGUGGCCCCGGUGUCACGCUUUCAAAGAGAAAGAGGGGAAGCAGUCCGUUCAGAUUUUGAUAUUCCAGUGGCACAGAGUCCACUGUUUGCUGGUUCAAAUCAGCAAAGGUCGAGCAUUCAGGACAUGUUCAACUACCCCAGAGCGGCUGCUGCUCGCCGACAGCAGCCCAUUGUGCGAAACUCGCCCCAACGACUAUCCAAUUCUGAAAUUGACAAGCGGCAACAGAUAAUGAGAGCGUUUUCAUCUCAGAGAAACGCAGGACCACAACCUCGUCAAAUAAACAGGGAUUUAUCUAACGUCGUGAAAAGCAGCGACGAUAAGAACAUGGCUGGCAAUCGAAAGGGGUCUUUAUUAUACAACAACUUAGCCAAGAAAUCAAUUAGCCAAGAUCCUAUGAAAUCGAUAAGAACGGAAAGGAACGGCCCAAAAGAAGCUCCAGCCAAAGGCUCAAACGCAACAAAACAAGAAACUACUGCGCCAGCUCCCAAAACCAAGAGCCCCGAUAUGGGAGUGUGGAAGAAACUGGGGGAGAUAUUCGACAUUGGGCCUAAGGAGACAGCGAGGCCGGAGCCGGAGACCACUACGCUGCCGACCUCCAGCCCGCCUCCUCCGCCUCCUGCGCCUCCUGCGCCUCCUGCGCCUCCUGCGCCUCCUCCUCCGGCCGCCAGCGCCGGCCGCGGACCCGUGGUGCUGCCGCCGCUGUUCGAAGGCCAGCCCGACGAGCGGGACGGCCCGCGAAAACCUCCCAUCCCGAGUCCGCGACCCCCGGCGAGCGAGGAGCGCGCCAAGUCGGGUCUGCGCGCCGCCAUUGUGGACCGUCUGCUGCAGGACCUGCGGAAGAUGGCGUCAGCUCGCGGCUCCGAGAUGGCGCGCGCCGAGUCGGACCUCAUCGAGAUCCUGCACGACUACCAGACCGACCUGAUGGACGAGGACGAGAAAACCAUAGCCGGCAUGCCGUUCCAGGGUGUUCGCAUCCACGACAACGUGGCCAUCCCGGUGGUGUACCAGGCGGUGCCCAUCAAGCUGGAGGGUCUGUCGCAGCACAGACUCGUGGUGCGCUCCAGCGACCCCGGGCCGGCCCGUGGCCUGCACAACAGUUGGGACGACGCUCCGUACAAUCCGCCGUAGACAGGAACAGUUGCAGUACCCACCAUUCGUCGCGCUGUGCUGUCCGUGCCUGUCAACUGUGGUCGACUCGAAUACACAUGAUGUAUUUUGUAUU